GUGGAUGAUGGAUGAUGUGGCGGUGCCCGAGCACUCUGCUACUCUCUGCGGUGCAAACGCGUAUCACAGAUGAUCCGGAUUGGAGUCAAUGCAUGGAGUCAAUGCCUUUGCUCUCAUCUCAUAUUGGAGUCCUCCACUGACUCCCGGACCUGGUCCCUGAUAGCCGUUGUGAGAGCAAUCAGAUCUAGCUAUCUCUUCCUUUUCUCCCAGUCCCAACUAGUCUAGGAAGAAGAUGGCGAUGAUAUUGGAUGCCUUCGUCACCAGAUUUGCUGAACUACUAGCUGACUUGGCGAGCAAAGAGAUUGACAUGCUCUUGGGUGUGCCCGGCGAGAUCAAAAAUCUCGAGAAUAAGCUCCGCAUGAUCAGCAAAGUCCUUGCCGAUGCCGAGAGGAGGAGGAUCAGUGAGGGGGCCAUUGAUGACUGGCUCAAGCAGCUCAAGGAUGUUAUGUACGAUGCCGAUGACAUCCUCGACCUUUGUCGCAUCGAAACCGACAAGUGUGGUGAAGGGUCUUCCUCCACUUCUUCGGUAUGCUUCCCCAUUCCCCUUCUCUCUUGCUUCCCCAUUCCCCUUCUCUCUUUUUUCCGGAAGCCUCUAGUUGCUCAUGAGAUUGGCACAAAAAUUAUAAAAAUCAAUCUGAAGCUUGAGGAAAUUUGGAAGGAGAGUUCUAAAUUCAAUCUCGAACGCAAUUCCCUUGACAAGCAGCAAGGGACAUCUCAAAUUAGUCGCAAGACAUCUCCUGUAGUUGAGAUUGAUACUGUAGGAUCUCGAAUCGAAGAGGACACUCACAGCUUGGUUGAUUCGCUAAUUAAGGAUGACGGACGGAGAAACAUUCUUGUUUUCGCAAUUGUGGGUGCGGGGGGAAUUGGCAAGACCACACUUGCUAGAAGGAUAUAUCAUGACCAGAGGAUUCAGGAGGAGUUCUCAAUGAAGAAGUGGGUGUGUGUAUCGCCAGAGUUCGAUGAGAUAAAUUUGGUGAGAGAUAUCUACAAUGGAGACAAGAAUGAUCUUGCCCAGGAUCAGAGUAAGUCCUCGCUUGAGCCCAAAGUCGAGAGCAGUCUUAGGGGUAAGAAGUUGUUUCUUGUUCUUGAUGAUGUUUGGAAAGCAAAGGUUUGGUGUGACUUGUUAUGUAACAUGUUAAAAAGUUGUGCUGCUGGCAGUAGGAUCCUUGUUACUACAAGAAAUGAACAGAUCGCGAUGCAGAUGUUGGCAGUGAACAUCCAUCACGUCGAUAAAUUGUCUUUAGAGGAUAGUUGGUCAUUGCUCUGCAAGAAGGUGAUCUUGACAGGAGAUGAGGACGAGAUCCAGCAUCUCAAAGACAUAGGGAUGGAGAUUGUUAAGAAAUGUGAUGGCCUUCCUCUAGCCAUUAAGGUGAUUGCAGGGGUGCUAUGCACGAAGGGGAAGACCUGGACAGCUUGGAAUAGAGUUCUUGAAAGCACUGCAUGGUCCACAUCCGGGCUUCCCAAGGAGGUUGAGGGAGGAUUAUAUUUGAGUUACGAAGACCUACCAAGCUAUCUGAAGCAAUGUUUUAUGUACUGUUCAUUGUUUCCUGAAGACGAUAUAAUCCCUAAGGGUACUAUUAUUGCACUUUGGAUUGCUGAGGGAUUUGUGAAAGCUGAGGGGAGUUCGACUGUGGAAGAGACAGCAGAAGAGUACUACAGAGAGCUGAUCAUGCGGAAUCUUUUGCAGCCAUAUUUUGACGAUCAAAGGGAAUUCCAGAUGCAUGACCUCCUGCACUGUCUUGCUCGGUAUCUGGCGCGAGAUGAGAGCUUGGUUGUCAAGAAGGUGCACGAAGUAGGUAGCCGUAACGGGCCAAUGAAGCUGCGUCAUGUAUAUGUGAGAGACCGUGAAACAACAAAAAUCUUUGAUGUCUUAGCAAAACAGGACUCACUAAGGACUCUAAUAUGGAGAGGGACCCGCUUCUCUGAGGCUCAGAUGGAUGUUGUUUUUAAUAAAAUUUCUCGUUUAAGAGUGCUAGAUUUGUCUUUCUCAGAAAUUCAAAGGUUGCCAGAUUCUUUGGGGAACCUCAUACACCUGAGGUACCUAAAUAUCUCAUGGUCCCAGAUAAGCGUAAUACCAGAAAGUAUAGAAAAUCUCAGAAAUUUACGGUACUUGAAUAUCUGUGGAUGUGGGUCACUUUCUCGCCUUCCCAACAGUAUCGUGAAUUUACACAAUCUUGCAGGGUUGGAUCUUGAUUAUUCGGGGGUGGUUGGGAUGCCGGCAGGGUUAGGAAGGCUUUAAAAUCUUCAACUACUGCGUGGAUUU